AUGAUGCCUCGCAGGAAACCUCCGCGAAGGAGCCACAAGAGGAGCCGCGCAAGACAGGACUGUGCGGAAUCGUAUUUUAGAAACUCCAGUCGUUUUCUGUGCGUAACAUUACAAGAAACGACCAACUUCAGCUGGAAAAAAAGUUCUCGCAAGAAUGAUUUUUGUGUACGGAGCCUACACGAAGUAUCAACUGUGCGUAUGUACCAAGACUUUGACGCCCUGCCAGCGCGUCUAGUUUGAUUGCGAGGAUUAUGUAUGCAACAACGUUAGCGGUGACGAAGAAAAAUGAGCUCGUACAGCUAAGCGACAGGCGAAUUAACGUUAAUUUUCAGUCGGUUAGCGCUGGUGUGGCGACCGUUUAGACGCAGCUUGCUUUGGGAAUAACCCCUGACACGGAUCCCCGGCGACGGGACACUACAACUUCGGUCUACAGCGGGCUGUUUGUCGGAUAGAGUUGAAUUUGGAGAUCCGCGCCCUUGGUCCUCGGCGCUGCUAAAGUCGCCGGAGAGGUGCAGCCACGCCGGGAGAAAGACACAGCGCGACGGCCGCUGCUCCGGCUAGCUCGCCCGCUGCUUCCACUCGGAUCGAGGCCUCGUUGCUGAGGCGACAAUGCUCGAAAUAAUGUCCGACCACCAAGAUUCACUAUUGGCGUGCAAAACGGAGCCUCUGCCCCCAGAGAGGAAAAAGAGGACUGUCGAGGACUUCAAUAAGUUCUGCAACUUUGUCCUGGCAUAUGCCGGAUACAUCCCCAGCCCAAAAGAGGAGAGCUCGUGGUCACCUACAUCCUCCAGCUCUGCUCACAGUUCAGGGCUGUCGGCAGAUGGUGGCGGUGGAGGCAGCAGCUCCAUGAGUGCUGCUUGGGGAGACGGAAGCUCUGACAUCCACACCAUCCACACAUUUGUCCGAAAAGCUCGCGCAAAUAAGGGCAAAAACAUUCGUCGCAUGCACUCAGACAGCACUCUGCUGGACAAGAUGCGCCUGAAGGACUCGCUGUACGAGAGCCAGGCCAGCACGAAGGCAGAGCGGAAAAAGGACAAAAAACUGAAAAAGCUGUCUCUGGGUUCGGCCAUGACAGUGGUGGACAGCGGCAGCAGUGAGGGCGAGAAGAGAGCCCGCAUCAAGCGCAGCAAAAACCCCAAACAGCCGAAAGCACCCAAGAAGCUCAAGAGCUCAGCCACUCAGAGUGAGACAGACUCUGAGGCGAGCCAUACACACACAGAGGUACGGCCUGUCAGGGAGGAGCUGUCGGUGCAUGGGGCCUCCACCCCAGGUGUGCAGGGGCUGGGGAAGAUGCAGCCGGAGGAGUCGGUCAGGGAAGCAGAGAUGAGCUCGAGUGAGGGGGAGACCUGGAUCGCAGAUGAAGACAUUAUGGUGGAGUCAGGCGACGACUCAUGGGACUUGAUCACCUGUUACUGCGGAAAGCCAUUUGCAGGACGGCCAAUGAUCGAGUGCAACCAGUGCGGCAUAUGGGUGCACUUGUCAUGUGCCAAGAUCAAGAAGUCCAACGUUCCCGACAUCUUUUACUGCCACAAGUGCAGGGACUUGCGGCGGUCAGGACACAAAAAAGACACCUAGAGAUGAAGGGGAGGGGAAGGAUGACACCCCCCCCAGCUCCUUUUUCGCUUUCCUCCAACACCCAUUGUUUUCUUUGACGCCUACAGCCAAAACAGCCUAAAUUCUCACCUGGAUGGCACCUGUAUUGUCAGUUUGUAGGAUUUCUGUUGACAAUCACAACCAUUCUUAUUUAUCCCUUAGUGUGUUUUUUUUACUUUUUUUUUUUUUUUGCCUGUGAAAACUGGACAGAAGGCAGCAACGACAGUGCAGAAUCAUUUAUUUGUAACUAAUUCCUAUGUUGAUUGGCUUUACAAUUAUAUAAUACAAUAGUGAUGUGCACAGAAAUAUCCACAUUUUAGUUUUCAUGGAAGGUGCAUGUCAGCUUAUUGUGAGUUAUUUUUCUGAGGAUAUAGGUAGAACAUUUCUUUCAGUGUUCCAAAGAAAACUAGUUUUUGUUUCACUGUAAGCGAGAGCCUUGUUUCUCUCAACUUUGAAUCAAUUAAAUUUUGACACCUUGACAAAAUGUAUAGCUAAAGAGAAGGAAAAUGUCACUCCUGAUAUUUUGUGUAGAAGUAUCUAACAUUGCUAGAUGGGCAGCUCAUUUUAUUUUUGACUGUAUUUUAGCGAUUUUAUGUUCUUGUUCGCUUUCAGUCAGCAUUUUUUUUUUUCCUAUCACUGAACGGUAAGUCGUAGAGAUCUCACUCUAGACUAAGUGAUUUUUGGAUUGAUAGUACCACAUAAAAAUUGGUUUUAUUUUUUCUGAACAGAAUCUAAAUUGCUGAAAAUCGAAUUGCACACAGACAAUUGUGCUUCAACAGUGCACUUUUUUUAAAUGUAGGCCUGAAAUACCAUUUCCUCUGCAUCUUAAGAUGGUAUUAGAAUUAUGUUUAGCUACAACUGAUGUAAUCUGUACUUAGCAUGUAGCUGUGUCUGUACAUUUGCGGUGCAGCGCUCAAUGUUUCUCUGUCCGGCUUGUCAACUGCUGGCAGCCGUUUACCAUGAACAACAUAAAUUGAAACAUUGAAAACUGUUCAGUUUUGAUUCUUUUGUUUCCAUGUUUUGUGUGUGUUUUUUUUUUUUUUUUUUUUCAUCUUUGAAAGUCAUCUGAUAAGGGAGGAUGAUGUAAGAUGAGAGGUGGGCCAAUGCUUUACAAUGUCAAAGUGGCUCUGAGGCCUGCGCAUGAAUGGUUGUAAAAUAUUUGUUUUUCUAUUUCAUAUUGUUUAUUUUUUAGCUUUCUGAGAAGCGGGAAGAGAGAUGUUCCCGUAUCAGAAUGGAUGUAUGAUUGUCUCACAUGGAGAACGAAGUUGACUGUAGUGUACAGAAAAAUGCGUUGACGCCACUCCUGUUAUGGCACUCGUUUUGUUGGUUGGUUUUACUAUUUUGCUUUUUCUUUUGUCGGUGGGAGAGUCUUGGUUAGUACCCAGUAGCGUUUGCACUCUCACCACCACUCUUUCAAUUCUGUGUACAUACCCUAUUUCUUUGACAACUGUACAUAUGUGAAAGUGAAGAGAGAAAAUAACCAAGCAAAUACUAUAUUUUCUGCAUUCUGAUAUUGUUUUCUUUAAUUGUAGCUUGAAAAAUAAAAGUCUUUUGGGGAACACAGAGGUGAAAUUUUGAAUUGUUUAUAAGUAUCAUAUAGAAAUAGACAUGAAAUAAGUAACAUUUUUAUUAUAAACAGUUUUAUUAGUUGUAAGCACACAGCAGUGUUUGUCGUUUGUGUUUUCCGCCACUAGAGGGAGACUGUCAACAGGCAUGCCAACUUGGUUAGUGUGGCAGUAAAAUAAAUAUCAGUUACCUCUGA